AUGCAAUCAUCCCUGGGCAUUACUGGUAGUUUUCCUGAAGACAGAAUCAAGACUGAACCACCAGUUGAGAGCAACAGUCAACAACCAAAAAUUAAUGACGAGGAAAUGGGUGCAAAUCUUAAAUUUUCUACCCCUAUUCUAGCGGUCACCUAUUGCUCACUACCAGAGUACAGUGAUCACUUAUUCUCAUCCAGGUUAAAAGAAAGAAGAGGAAGAAACUACGAUGAAGAAAAUCAAGAAAGUGCGAGGCGACCUGGUCCGAGUGCUCCAAAACGACUCUCAGAAAUACUUCAGGAGAUGUACUUCGUGGGCAGAUUUGACCUGAACAAGCUAAACAACGAACUUGCGAGCAUUUUAGACGAACGAAGCACCCCUCAACACAACAUUCUCAUGUCUCUUCUGGUCGGAGAUAAAGCAACAAUUAAAGAUAGCAAGGAUAUUGUCACAACUUCUAGAGAUAUUGCGCGAAUUCGCGGCUGCAAAAGAGCAAGACUAGCGAAAGAAGUGGAAGUUUCAAAAGCAUGGCAGCCGCCAGCUGGGAACACGCUGGCACAGACGAUUCUAGUGGGCACUUUCGCUGAAGGACUCGAAGGAGUAAACGAAGAGGCCUUUAAUUUGAUCGACUCGGCGCUGCAAAUUUAUAUUCAGCGAAUACUCGCGAACGGAAUUGAAGAAACGCUCGCUAAAGAACCCUCCCUGCCAAACAUUGAGCUCUACGCUGCUUCUCUCGCUGAUAUUUGA